CCCCGCAGCCCGAGGACCCGGCGGUGGGUCCCAAGAUCCCGCAGGCGCUGGAGAAGAUCCUGCAGCUGAAGGAGAUCCGCCAGGAGGAACUUGUCACCGUCCCCGGGGUAGCCCCUGAGGACGAGAUGGAGACAGAGCUGCGGGCGUCGGCGUCGGCCUCGGAGGCGGAGGAGGACGCGGGGACGGCCAAGAAGGAGCGCAACCGCAAACGCCGCAACCGUGACACCGAGCCGCCGGGUGACGCCGUGGAGAUCGAGUACAUCACCGAGGAGCCCGAGAUCUACGACCCCAAUUUCGUGUUUUUUAAAAGGAUUUUUGAGGCUUUUAAGUUGACAGAUGACGUCAAGAAGGACAAGGAGAAGGAACCGGACAAGGCAGAGCGGCCGGAAAGUGCCACCGUCCCCAAGAAGAAGGGCUUCGAGGACGGGCACAAGGGCAGCGAGGACGACAGCUCCGAGGACGAGCAG